UCCAAGAUCACUUCUCGGAUCUACAUGGGGAACCUGGGAGGUGCCAGAGAUUUCGAAGGCUUACUAAAAAGGGGUAUUACGACGAUCGUUAACUGCACCAAGAGUGAAAAGAACAUGUUCUUCCCGGGAGCGUUCGACUACAUACACAUACCCGUAGGCGACAGCCAGCGGCGCGUCGACCAGGACAUCAUGAAGUAUGGCGUCUACGAGCUGAUUCAGUACUUUUGCGAGAACCCAAAGUCUGUAUUAUUUGUUCACUGUGCCGAAGGGAUCAGUCGCUCCGCCACAGUCGUGCUGAUGCUGCUCGCAGAAUUCUAUGUCUGCGGGCGAAUGGAUGCACUGCGUUUCCUUCAAAGCAAGCGAUCAUGUGUG